AUGGCUUUGAUCGGACCUUUAAUAUUAGUCUCAAACUUCCCAGAGGUCUUUUCGAGCCGAGAUGUAAUUCAGUAUGCCGUUCUGUACUGGGGCACACUUCGCAAUGAUACAAACUCGACUUUGCUUGAGCUUCUAUAG